AUGGAAGAGCCAGGACAGCUGGUGGAGAGAGGCCAGAGCCUGACCUGCUUUCCUCCCACCAGUCCUUGCCCUUCCCUUACCCGCUGGAGCAGUCCACGGCGGGGUGGGGAGCUGCUGGCAGGAAUAGAGAAGCGGGCCAGACAGACCGAUCCUGAGCCAUCCAGCGCCAUGGCCAGGCCUCGCCCCCAAGGACCCGGGCAGGAGCCCCUCAGUGGGGGCUGUACAACAAGGUUUGUGCGCAGCUGUUCUUUCAAACAGGAUUACCAAACCAAUAACAAUGACCAAGCGGUGGUUGAAAUCUGUAUCACGCGAAUUACAACAGCCAUCAGGGAGACAGAGUCGAUUGAAAAGCACGCAAAGGCCCUUGUGGGGCUCUGGGACUCCUGCUUGGAACAUAACCUGAGGCCCUCUGGGAAAGAUGAAGACACUCCCCAUGCAAAAAUCGCAUCUGAUAUCAUGAGUUGCAUUUUACAGAAUUACAACCGCCCCCCUGUGAUGGCAUUAGCCAUCCCCAUUGCCGUGAAAUUCCUCCACAGAGGCAACAAGGAACUGUGCAGGAAUAUGUCCAACUACCUGUCCCUGGCUGCAAUUACCAAGGCGGACCUCCUGGCUGAUCACACAGAGGUUAUAGUAAAGAGCAUACUCCAAGGUAACGCCAUGCUGUUGAGGGUUUUACCUGCCGUGUAUGAUAAGCAGCCUCAACCAAUUAACAGACACCUCACAGAACUCCUAGGCUUGAUGUCUCGACUGGAACAACCAGAACAGUACCAUCUUCUACGGCUUUUGCAUGUAGCUGCAAAGAGGAAGCAAAUGGAGGUGGUUCAGAAGUGUAUUCCUUUCCUAAUUGGGCAAUUGAAGGAUUCGACCCAUAACGACAUCAUCCUAAACAUCCUCAUAGAGAUUGCAGGCUACGAGCCAGUGGCUUUGAACAGUUUUCUUCCAAUGCUGAAAGAGAUUGCUGAGAGAUCCCCCUACCUCAUUGGACAAAUGGCAAGAAUCUAUGGGGCUGUCGGGCAUGUGGAUGAAGAGAGAGCCAGGAGCUGCCUGCCAUUCCUGGUGAGUCAGCUGGCCAGCAUGGAGCACUCGUUUCAUCAUAUUCUCCUGCUGGAGAUCAAGAGCAUCACGGACACCUUCUCCUCCAUCCUGGGCCCGCAGAGCAGAGACAUCUUCCGCAUGAGCAACAGCUUCACUGCCAUUUCCACGCUCCUUACCCGACAACUGGAAACCACCAAGGCCAGAAAUGACAGGAGAAAACCCAGCACUGAAAUUGAAUUUCUUGAGAAGCUGGAAGAAACCAAGCUCGCUGUAGAUGAAAAUGAAGACCAUGAAGAGCUCCAAGUUAAAAUACAAGCUUUUGAAGACAAAAUAAACGCUGAGGGCAACACCCCUGGCUCUAUCAGAAGAUGUAGUUUGGAUCAAGUUUCUAAGGAAGAAAGAAAAGGCAUUAGAUUUAACAGGUCGAAGAGUUUGGCUUUGCACGCUGUGCUAACAAACCCCUUGAGCACAGAGGAUGGGGAAACUGUGAAGAGCAGAGAUACGCCAGCCAGCAUCUCUCUUUCAGAAAUAGACCCACUUGGCCAAGGACAUGAGAGGUCACUCUUUAAGCCAGACACAGAUGAAUCACAGCUACUAAAUUCUUCAGUUUCACACCAAAGUAUUAUACAUGUAGCAUCUGAGAAUUUGCCAGAAGCAGUUAAAAAAAACUAUCAGGAAGAAAUUCCAGAGACAACCACGAGUCCUGUAGAAUACCGUGAUAAGCUCUACUUGCACUUAAAGGAGAACUUCAGUAAAGUGAAAGCAUAUGCUGUAGAAAUGGUAAAGAAGAUUCCAGUCCCUGACCAGUGUACCAUUGAAGAUUCUGUUAGAAGUUGUGUAGCAAAGCUGUUCUUCACUUGUUCCCUGAAGGGUCAUUACUGCCUCUACAGUAAAUCCAGUUUUAUUCUCAUCAGUCAAGAACCUCAGCCAUGGAUCCAAAUCAUGUUCCUAUUUCAGCAGAGCCUGUUUCCUGAGCCGCUGUCCGUUCAGAGUCGUCCUGUGCAAUUCCUCAGCGCUCUGUGGGAGAAGACGCAGGCAGAGGGUGCUGACAGCUUUGAAACGGCCAUGAUGGAGUCCACAUUCCCACAGCAGAAGGAUCUGGACCAGGUUCAGCUCCAUCUGGAAGAAGUGAGGUUCUUCGACGUGUUUGGCUUCAGUGAAGCAGCAGGAGCGUGGCAGUGCUUCAUGUGCAACAACCCCGAGAGAGCAACCGAAGCCCUGAAUCUGAGCCCUGGCGGUCCUGUGUCCACUUCCCCUUUGCCCAACCUCAGAGUGCUGCGUGGCAGGCGGACACGCUCAUGUUCUUUGUGCUUUGUGUUCCUGAAACAGGAUCUGGACCAGGUUCAGCUCCAUCUGGAAGAAGUGAGGUUCUUCGACGUGUUUGGCUUCAGUGAAGCAGCAGGAGCGUGGCAGUGCUUCAUGUGCAACAACCCCGAGAGAGCAACCGGCAGCAUAGAACUUGCGUCCCAUUUUUCAUUUAUGAAGUGCGUGUUUGCUGUGUUGGUUGAAUGUCUUCGACAGGCUAAACCUUGA